AUGCUCGGGGGACGCGCGCGCCCGGGGAAGGCGGUUGGGGCGGGGCGAUCGUUACCGGCACCUGGAGGCAGCGCCGUGUCCCCGCCGGGCGGGACCGCUCCGUCAUCUCAGCGGCCCCGGGAACGGCCGGGCUGGAAGCUGCCGAGCCCCAGGGAAGGGAUGGGAUGGGCGCUUGCUGCGGAGCCGGGCGGCUUCAGCGGCCCUCGGGAGGGCGGUUUCUUUCCAGGCGUUCGAGCGCCGAGUUUCCGGCCUCUCCUUUCUGCGGUGUGGGGGUUGUGUGCCCCCCGUGUGUACAGCCGCGCCGGUAGUAGAGUUCUCACUCCAGUAGGUAGACAGCUCAGUCUCCGGUUAAACUUGCUCAGCACAACAAACAGUAAGACUGUAUUUUUUCUUCAGAGUGCAGGUGGAGAGGCCAUGAAUGAAAACAAAUUUCUGAACACAGACUCCAGCACUGGAUCAGUGGAAACAACCGUCAAGCCAUUACCAUUUAAAGAUCCAAACUUCAUUCAUUCCGGCAUUGGUGGAGCAGCAGCUGGCAAGAAGAACAGAACUUGGAAGAACCUAAAACAAAUUCUUGCUUCUGAAAGGGCAUUGCCAUGGCAACUAAAUGAUCCGAGCUAUUUUAAUAUUGAUGCUCCUCCUUCCUUUAAGCCUGCCAAGAAAUAUUCUGACAUUUCAGGCCUUCCGGCAAAUUACACAGAUCCCCAGAGCAAGCUGAGAUUUAGUACUAUUGAAGAAUUUGCCUAUAUUCGGAUGCUCCCUUCAGAUGUGGUUACAGGAUACCUGGCUCUAAGGAAAGCAACAAGCAUUGUUUCUUGAAAAGACCAAAUAUUGUUGUAUAUCACUUAUGAACAGUGCUAACUCUGAGAAUCGUGACGGAAACUGACUGUGGGACUGAGGUUCCUUAAAACUAUCCAUGGAUAUUUACAUCUGGAAGUAGUUGAUGAUAUAUGGAUUUGAAGAACAUACGGAUUUAAUUUUGAUAAAUGCUGAUAUUUGUUAGUUUGCCAAUUUGUAAGCAAUUUGGUUUGGUGAACAGAAUAACUUAGACCUUAAGGAUACAUAUCUGCACCACAAUGUCUAAGUUAUAUUAAUUUCUGUAGAGAUAGGAUUUCAUCUCCACCCUCUAUAUUUUAUGUACUGCUCUGGCUCUGGAGAGUCAUUUAAAUUAAAGAAAAGGUACCAAGAUAUCCCAACUUCUAAACCUGCUUUCCAGAUGUCACUUGGCUAUGAAGAAUGUUGUCCCAUCUGUAAAAUGAAGCUAAAAUACCCAGCAAGUGCUGCUAUUGUGAUAACUGUUUAUGGUACUGAGCACUGUGGAAAUGAACAGCUUCACACAAAUUCUUGCAUUGAAGAACUGUCAGCAUCAAUAAAGUUGGACUCAAACUUAUUCUUAAAA